ACGAGGAGCCAGCCUGGCCGAGGGGAGACUGUCACGCCCCACCGCGCCUGGAGGUCCCCGGCGCUCCCGCCUCGCUGUCACCAGCCCUGUCACCAGCCCUGCCUGCAUCCCUGUCUCCAUCCCGCAUCCCUGCCCCACAUCCCUGCCUGCAUCCCGCAUCCCUGCCUCCGUCCCUGCUCCACAUCCCUGCCUGCAUCCCUGCCUGCAUCCCAUUCCGCAUCCCUAUUUGCAUCCCGCAUCCCUGCCUGCAUCCCCGUCACCGGGCUGGGGCGGGGGGAUGCACCCAGGGGGGACAGAGCGGGUCCCCCCCGCCCGCAGCCCAGCCCCGGCCCAACCGGGCCCCGUGGGUCUCACACACGCGUGGGGCACAGCCCCGACACGCCCCCCGCACCCCCUCCCACGUGCGUGGGCGCGGCAGCACCGGGGUCCCCCGGCCCCGAGCCCCCGCCCUGGGCACCACUGGCGGCCCCGGGUCCCGCCCCGUGUCCCCCCGCGGGGGGACAGCCCCGGGACCGGCCCCCUCCUCCAGACAAUGGCCGUCCUGUUCCUGCCGGGUCGCCAUGGAGACGGGAUUCCUCCAUGAUGGGGAACAGGAGGGACAUUCUUCCAGCUCCCCCCGGCCCCCCGCGCCCCCCGCCUCGGGCCUGAGGGUGCCCGGCAGGGAUCCCUCCCGCCGGGCCCCCAUCCCGCGUGGAGCCGCAGCCUCUCGCCCGGGGUCCCCCCCGCCAGGCCCGGGGUCCCCCCACACCCUCGGCAUACUGGGGUCGGUGGAGGGACCCCCGCCUUAUCGUGUCCGGGGCGCCACGGGGUGGGUCCCCUCACCCCCUGCUGCAUCACACCGGCUCGGGGAUGCCUGAGAUGCACCGAGAGCCGGUGUGGGCGGGGGGCUCUGUGCCCCGGGAGAUAUCCCGCUAAGCCCCCGAUGUCCUGUGCCAGGGCUGGCCCCAGCCAUCACCAUCCCUCGCUGCCAGCUGCGACACGGCCACCGCUGUGCUGUCCCCACGAGUGACAGUCCCCACCCCUUCACGGGCUCCAUUCACAUUUUUCACUGACCUAAUUCUGAGCGGUUUCCAAGCGCCCACCUCUGCCUGCUCCGGGGGUCCCCAACACCGGCAUUACCCACCCCUGCCCAUUCUGGGGGUCCCCGACAGCAGCAUCGCCCCCCCAGCUCAGUCUCAGCCCCUCCAGCAGCCCGGGGAUGCACGGAGGGGACGCACGGAGGGGACACAGGACCCGCAGCAGGAGCUGGAGCUCGGCAGCCCCCGGGAAGGGCCCCCCCGAACACGGGGGAGGGUGACGAGGUCCCCGCAGGGUGCCCAAAGGCCGCGGGGCCGAUGCCGCGGAGGGGUGUGGGACCCCUGCCCCGGUGGCUCUCGCUGCUCGGGAGCUCGGCCCGUCCCCCCCGGCCCCUCGGUGUCCCCCCCGCGCGGACCGCCCGGUGACGGAGCCGCUCUCGGGAUGACUCACGAACGUCACCCGUCGCUCUCCGGCGACACCCACGCCACGAGCUGUGGGGCGGCCACCUGCCCCCCGUCCCUGCCGCUGCCCCCAGCGCGGCUCGCUCCGGGCUCCCGCGGGCGGGGGUCUCCCGGCAGCGCCGACCCCUCCGGCAGCGGGGCCGGGGCCGCCUUUGGCCCCUCGGCUCCCCGGGGACGUCGGUGCGGUGUCACCCCGGAACCGGGGCAGGGACAGCCCCCCCGGGCCGGCUCCGGCCACCGGCACCAGCCACCGUUUGGAGGCUCCGGCCCCAGCCGGGCGUGGGGACCGCGGCCGCUCUCCGGGGGCCGUGCCCACGCGAGUCCGGGGGUGGGCGCGGGGUAGCUGUGGCCUGCGGGGGCGAGGGGCUCCCCGGGGAAGGGCAGCGGUCCUGUCCCCUCCUCCUCAUCCCUCCAUCCCUGCUUCUCUCCUGACCACACCCUCCAUCCCUUCUUCAUCCUCCCCCUGAGCACACCCUCCCUUCAUCCCUUCAUCGCGGUCCCUCCCUCCAUCCCUCCCUCCAUCUCUCCAUCCCGGUCCCUCCCUCCCGGUCCCUCCCGGCAGCUCCGCACCGCGGUGCCGGGCAGGGGCCGGGGCAGGAGCCGCCGCCGCCGCCCCCGGCCCGGCCCCGCCACCCCGGCCGGUGCCUCCCUCUCUCUCCCCCCGCACCAGGACACGCUCAGGCCGGGACGGACCAUGAGCGAUGACCCAACACCCUGGGACAACGCGACCGAGAGCGCCACGGCGGUGCCCGGCGAGGUGUCCCCCCAGGAUGGGUACGUGCUGCUCCUCGCCCUGCUCUCCAUCUUCAUCGGGGGCACCCUGGUCCUGCUCUCGGGCAUCCUGAUCAUCUGCCGGCGCUGCUGCGAGGCUGACCGCCGGCACUCCAGAGCCAGCGAUGACCCUGAGAAAACCAACACCACUUACCUGGAUGACUCGCAGCCAGCGCAGGAUAUCACUGUCAAAGUGGAGGACCCCGAGUGCCUGUCGUCCUCCAGCUACCGGGAUGCGGAGAGCGAGCGGUUCCUGUCCUCCAGCUCCUCCACCGCCCGCCGCGUCUCCUUCAACGAGGCCGCGCUCUUUGACCAGAGCAAGAAGACCCAGGAGAAGGGGAGGAGGUACACGCUGACGGAGGGGGACUUCCACCACCUGAAGAACGCCCGCCUGACCCACCUGCACCUCCCGCCACCCGCCCUCAAGAUUGUCACCAUCCACGAGUGCGAGUCCAGCGAGAACAGCCUGGCCAUGACCCCCCGCCUGCCCCCGCCCAAGCCCGGCCUUGCCAUCUUCCAGCGCCCCGCAGGGGCCCUGCCCCAGCCGGUGCUCCCCAGCCAUGCCGUGGGCCCCAGCUCUGCCCUGCCCGGGGACACCUACAACUCCACCGUGGACACCAGCUUCACCGAGGCCAGCCCGGCUGCCUCCUCCGACUCCGGGGAGGGCCCCUCGUUUGCAGCAGCCCCCAGGAGCGGGAAGGCAGCUGGGGUGGGCAGUGCCAGCCCCGGGGAGCCCCCUCCGACCCCCCCCCAGGGCCCCGUCCUGCAGUUCUUCACCCGCCUGCGCCGCCACGCCAGCCUGGACGGGGCCAGCCCCUACUUCAGGAUCAAGAAGUGGAAGCUGGAGAGCACCCAGCGGGCAUCCAGCCUGGACACCAGAGGGUCCCCCAAGCGCCGGCAGUUCCAGCGGCAGCGGGCGGCCAGCGAGAGCAUGGACCAGGAGGACCGGGACCCCCACCAGACCGACAUCAUCCAGUACAUCGCCCACACCGACGACGUGGCCUUCCACCCCGCGGGGGGCCCCUUCCUGCCCUCCCCCGCCAGCCCCCCACCCUCUCUCGGCAGGCUAGAGCCGGGUGAGGGGGGCACGGGCAGCCCCGGCGAGGCCGGCGGCCCCGAGCAGCCCAGCGCCUACCACGACAUCUGGAGCCUGCGCGCCUCGCUGGAGCUGUACGCGGCCUCCGAGCGCAGCAACGACCAGGACUCCGUGCGCAGCGACGGCGGGGACAGCGUCUCCUCUGCCGGCGGCGUGGCCCCCUGCCCCUCCUCCUCCCUGGACGAGGCCGAAGGGCCCGAGGAGAAGUUCUGGGGUCGGUCCAAGACGGAGGAGUCGGAGCCCGGCACCCGCAAGCUGCUGCAGAUGGACAGCGGCUACGCCUCCAUCGAGGCGCCGAGCCGGGGGGGCGAGGAGGGGCCCCCCAAGGACCAGACGGCCUCCGAGAAGCGCAUUUGCUUCACCAGCGCCGGGCGGAAAGGAACCAUCUUCGAGAGCUUCGAGGGCCGGGAGCCGGAGGAGGAGGAGGAGGAAGAAGAGGAGGAGGAAGAGGGGGGGAGCGCGGCCCUGGGCGCAGCGGGUGGGGGACACCUCCGUCCCCACAGCCCCCUGGCCUGGUCGCCGUACGGGCAGAUGUUCCCGGGGCGGGAGGCGCUGCCCCGGCGGGAUUACAGCAUCGACGAGAAGACGGACGCGCUGUUCAACGCCUUCGUGCGCCACGACCCCCAGUUUGACGAGUCGCCGCUGCGGGGGAAGCACCGCUCCCGCACCCACCUGCGCAAGCAGUGGCAGCACGCGAAGCAGUUCAGCGACCCCGGCGUGCGGUACCCGGCGCUGGAGCGGCACCGGACGCCCCUGCGCCGCGGCGACAGCGCCAACUACCCCCUGGACGCCCGGUUCCACAGCCCCCUGCCCCGCAUUGUCAGCGCCGGCGACGAGGAGGCGGCCGAGGCGGCCGAUGGGGUCCCUCCUGCCCCGGCACUGCCCGACCCGGAGAUCCAGGUGAUUGUGGAGGAGCCCGGCGAGGCGGCCCCCGAGCCCAAGGCUGGCUCCGAGCCCCCUGAGGACGACGACUGCCCCGGGCCCGGGAGGUGCCUGGGGCUUGGCUCUGGCUCGGAGCUGAUGGACAAGAUCACGGGUGGCCUGGAGGAGCGGCUCUAUGGGCACCUGAGGAGAGCGGGAGAGACCCCCGAGCCCGCGGUGGCCGUGGCGGCCAGUGAUGCCCCCCCCGACCACAGCCCGGUCUAGGCCCACCACGAGGGGGAGAGACCCUGGCACGGGGGGACUUGGUCCCCACUAGAGUUCGGGGCUCCAUCCCCUCCUGCUGCCGGCGUGGGGACCAGCCCGGUGCCCGGAGCCCUGUGGGAAGGGUGUCCCGGCCUGGGAAGGCCAGGAGGGCAUGUGGGGUCCCCUGGCUGUACCCCCCACCACGGGGGUCCGGUAGCGUGGGGUGGCCGAGCCCUCUGGCUCCCGGGAGCGAGGUGCCAGGAGAGGGCCCGGGCUGGGGGUGCCCCGGGGGUCGGGGUGCAGAGAAGGAGCCGAGCGUCGGUCGGGGGUCAGUGCCGGGGGACUUUGCUGACCCCCCACCCCACUGAGCCCCCGGCAGAGCCCCGAGCCAGCUCCGCUCCCCCCUCUCUCCGUGGUUUUACAAGCAAUAAGCCUCUCCUCCAGCCGGGAACGUCCUGCCAGGAAGGGGCCGGAGCUGGGUGUUCCCCACCGGGGGAUGCUGCGGUGCCACCCUGGCAGGGGGGUAGUUUGGGGAGGGGGGAGUCACCUCCUCAAUCCCACAGUCCCCCCAGUUCUGCAGGGAGCCUGGGAUCUAAACUGGAAGCGGAGGGUCUGGGGCAGGGGGCUGCUCGAGGGGCCACGGGGGAGCCGGGGGUCCUGCAGUGGCACCUGGGCUGGGCAGGACCGGCCCUGGGGGCCCCAUAAAUGCCCCCUGGAGGGGUGGGGGCUGCUCAGGUGGGGGUACAGGGUGAGAGCAGAGCAUGGGGUCCCCAGUGCACGCUGUGGGUGACCCCCAGUGUCUCCCACCCCCCGGGGGCUCAGCGGGGGCUCGAGGUGCCCGGAGGAUAUUUAUUGAUUUUUACAGAGGUGGCUGCUGCUCCGGGGUGGGGUUUGCUUUUACUGGGUUUUUAUUUGUGUUUCAAAGGAUGGGGGGAAAAAAAAAGAGAAAAAAUCCUCAGCCCAGCCCAGCCCCAGCUGUGGCACCUGGGACUCGGCAGCAGGGGAGGGGACAGGCAGGGGCCCCCAGACCCCAUUGCAUGUGAGUAGAGGCCGGGUCCCCCCUUCCCUCUGCGCAGGCUCUGCCCAAAGCCCUCCCUCCAUCAACCCCGCGUUUUUAAGUCUAUAAACAAAGGAGAAAAAACAAAACCAA